AUGCCGCCUCAAGAACCUCUCUCCUCUCAUUCCCAACAUCGUUCCGUCAAGAGCCGAAUCGCUCGCUACUUGAGACGCACCACAUUGUCGUCAUUUGCUGUACUCGCCAGCCAGAUUAGCACCACCAGCAACUCCCAAGUACAAGACGUAUGCUCGUCAACGACGUUUGAAGUAGCAUCAUCAUCAUCAUCAUCAUCAUCCGACGAUAAUAAGCAGCAAGAGCAACCAUGCUUAUGCCGACAAGGAAGCGAGACAACCCAUUCACUACGCGCACGUAGCAACACCACAGGCGGGAGUUAUGCUAUGCUACCGAUCGAUGAGGGAUUCCAUCAGUCUCAACAAAAGUUAUUCUCCAGCACUGUCUCCAAGGAAGAGGAGGAAAAGAGUGGUGAUGCAUAUAAAUAUGAUGUCUUGGAUCGAUUACCUGUCGAGCUGUCUCAAUGCAUUCUCCGCCACUGUGAUUUUGAAACAAUUCUUGUACUCAGCUUGGUGUCACGUCGAUGGCAUUUCCUUUGCUUGGAUCGUAUCUUGUGGCGUAAUUUAUACAUUCACCAUCCACGUUGGCCUUCUGCUGAGAAAUAUCGAAGGAAAAGGGAGCAACAUGAGGACGAUGAUACCAUUGAUUAUCGACAACUCUAUCGAGAACGCUUUCUACUGGAUCGACGGUGGGCAUCAGGCGACAAAAGAAUGAGUGUCAUUGAAGGCCAUGCUGAUAGCAUCUAUUGUGUACAAUUCGAUUCCAGCAAGAUUGUUACUGGUAGUCGUGAUCGGUCCAUCAAGUGCUGGGAUCAUCAAGGUCGAUGUUUGCGUACAAUGACAGGGCACUAUGCCAGCGUGCUUUGUUUGCAAUACGAUGACGAUAUCAUGGUGUCAGGUUCAUCCGAUCAUACAAUUCUGGUAUGGGAUAUGCGUACAUUUCAAGUCAUUCGACGUCUUCGUGGACAUGCUUCAGGUGUACUCGACGUAUGCUUUGAUGACAAGAUUAUCGCAAGUUGUUCCAAGGAUGCUACUGUAAGGUUAUGGUCACGUGAAGAUGGUCGAUUGAUUCGCAUUUUGCAUGGUCAUCGGGGUCCUGUGAAUGCUAUCCAAUUUCGCAACAAUCGCCUUGUAUCUGCUUCUGGUGAUGCGAUCAUCAAGCUUUGGGACAUGAGGACUGGACAAUGUUUACGCGACUUUGCAGGGCACACGCGCGGGCUCGCUUGUAUCCGUUUUGACGGUCAUCGAAUUGUCAGUGGUAGUAACGAUAAUAAGAUCAAGGUGUGGAAUGCUGAAACGGGCGAAUGCAUUUUGACUUGUUCAGGGCAUACGGGACUUGUACGCGCCUUACAUUUUGAUCAAGACAAGAUCGUGAGUGGCAGUUACGACCAAAGCAUACGUGUAUGGGAUAUUCGUACAGGAGCACAAUUACAUCAUUUUGAGGCAUGUCAUUCGAGUUGGGUGUUUGAUGUGAUGUUUGACGAGACAAAGAUCAUAAGUACAAGCCAAGACCAAAAGAUUGUCAUUAUGGAUUUUGCACAUGGCAUGGAUACCCAACAUAUUAUUUGA